AUGGAUUCUGAGUUCAUGACAAUCCCAGUGAUUCCAGACCUGGAGGAGGUUCCAGAUAAGACCUCACACAUGCAGAUCGCUGCUCCACCCAGUAUCCAGGUGAACAGAGUUAUGACCUACAGAGACCUGGACAACGACCUCAUGAAGUACUCGGCUUUUCAGACCCUGGAUGGAGAGAUUGACCUGAAGCUGCUCACGAAGGUUUUAGCCCCGGAGCAGGAGGUGAGAGAGGACAGUUCACCCAGAGAUGAGCGCUCCGUCUUCAUUUACUCGCCCUCAUGUCGUUCCAAACUUUUUUGACUUUAUUCUGUGGAGCACAAAAAAAGAUAUUUUUGAAGAAACCUUCACUCUUCUAUAUAGAAUGACAGUCCAUUCUGACUAGGAUCAAAAACAUUAUAAUAAUAAUAUUAAUAAUAAUAAUAAAAGCAUCCUGAAAGUGC